AAAAUACGUACUAAUAAUUUGACACCUUAUUACGUACGAGUAUAUAUAAAUGGACACACAUGCAGUAGCAUACACAUGCAAGCCCCUUUAGUUGCUCCUUAAUUUGUGCAUAAACCAGAUUUAGAGAUGGAGGUGGAAGAAGAAAUCUUAGAGGCAGUGAGUCCCUCGGGACAAUACAUAAACAGCUCCGUGCUAUCCCUCACUAUAUUAGGUGUUUUAGAAUCAGAAAGUCCUCUCGACUUGCCGGUUUUUUCCCUCUUAAGAGAUGUUUUCUUGCCCAUCAAUUCUCGUUUCUCUUCUAUUAUGGUUGGUGAGAAGAAUGGAGUGAAAAAAUGGAAGAAGGUUGAAGUGAAUCUCAAGGAGCAUCUUAUUGAACCCAUAUUCCACGACGGCAUGCCACUAGAAUAUUACGAUGAUUGCUUUAGUGAUUAUCUGUCGAAACUGAGCAUGGAUUUACUCCCACAAAACAGGCCACUGUGGCAAGUUCAUCUGUUCAAGUACCCUACAAGUGAUGCAGCCGGGACUAUAAUAUUUAAGCUUCAUCAUGCACUUGGAGAUGGAUAUUCACUUAUUGGAGCUCUUCUCUCUUGUCUGAAAAGAAUGGACCAUCCUCGCGUUCCUCUAACAUUUCCUUCGCGUCAAUCUGACUCUUCUUCCUCUAAGCUGCCCGAAGGAAAUGGGGUUUCAAGAUUUUUUAAGACUUUAAUGGGAGUUCCAUCUUCCUUUGCGAAUACUAUAAUGGACUUUGGAUCCAGCCUUCUGAAGAGCAGCAUCAUUAAAGAUGUGGAGUCACCCCUCCGGUCUGGUCAUGAAGGGGUGGAAUUUCAGCCCAUGGCUAUGGCCACUAUGGAAUUUUCUCUAGAUCAAAUCAAGAAUAUCAAGAACAACCUCAAAGUGUCUAUGAAUGACGUGAUUGCUGGAGUAAUAUUAUUAGGAAGUCGGUUGUACAUGGAAAAAGAAAGGGAGAAUUCCAGCAAUUUGAAUGCAAAUGCACUGGUGUUAUUCAACACUAGGAAUCUUGAUGGUUACAAGUCUGUGGAUGAGAUGGUUAAGACGAAGUCUACGAUGCCCUGGGGUAACAAUUUCGCAUUUCUACACAUCCCUAUACCGAAGUUAAAAAUCGACAAUUUGUCGGAUCCACUUAAGUUUGUGUACGAAACACAAAAUACUGUAAAGAGGAAGAGAAACAGUGCCAGCGUGGUUCUUACCGGUUUAAUGCUAGAAAACAUCAGAAAAUUUAGAGGCCCUGAGGUAACAUCAAAAUACAUCCGCAACACUUUGAUCAAUUCAAGCAUGACCAUCACAAAUCUAAUUGGCCCAGUGGAACAAAUGAGUUUAAGUGAUCAUCCGAUUAAAGGCCUCUACUUCUUCGUGGUUAAUGCUCCACAGAGUGCUCAAGUAACGAUAAUGAGCUACGUGGGAAAGGUUCGACUUGGGAUCGGAGUAGAAAAAGACUUCAUAAAUCCACACAAGUUCAAGUCAUGCAUCGCCCACGCAUUCGAUAUGGUGUCCAAAGCCGCAGCUGUCCCGUGAAACCUGCAAACCCACAAACAGAACUAUCACAGUACUAAAUACUGAUCGAUAAAAGUGGGUGUGUGUCACAGUUUGCGCAAAACAAGGAAAGCCAUUUGCAUCACAUCAAUGUGUUAUUUUUGUCUGUUGAUUUAAAUUAAUAAUUAAAUAGAAAAAAAAAAAAGUAAACUGUUCUAUAACAGUGUUUUACAGAAAUCCAUGUAUAAGAGAAAUUCAUGUAGAGUGUGAUUCAUUACAUCUGCCCACUGGUUGUCUCUUUUUCUUUUUGACCGGUUGAUGUUCUGAUUAUCAUAUUAAACUAGUAACUAUUUUGGAUGAAACUCUUAAAUAUAUAAUUGUUUAAUUAAUUUUU